UCUCUCCCUCUUUUCUUGCUCUUAGAGGCUUUUGAUAUUUCUUACUUUUUUGUAUGAUAAAUUGAUAAGUCACGCUCUUUGCACCUCCCUGUUGGAAUUCAAGAGAGAGAAAACCAGAUAACGUUGAAAGACACAGCUAGAAUUUUAAGGAAACAGGAAACUCAGCAGCUUUGCUUCUGCCCUGAAACACUGGGACUGUGCUGGAGGUACCCAAAACAGGGCUUGAAGGUGUCUGUGUGAAAGAAGAAGCAGGAGAAGAAAAUGAAGUAUGUUUUGGUCACUGGUGGAGUUGUGAGUGGUCUUGGAAAAGGGGUCACUGCUAGUAGUAUUGGUCUUAUUCUAAAGGCUUGUGGACUAAGGGUCACCUCCAUCAAAAUUGAUCCAUAUUUGAAUACUGAUGCUGGAACUAUGUCACCUGUGGAGCAUGGAGAAGUCUAUGUUCUAGAUGAUGGUGGUGAGGUGGACCUGGACCUUGGAAACUAUGAGCGAUUCCUGGACAUCAAGCUGACCCGUGAUAAUAAUAUUACGACGGGAAAAAUUUACCAGGAUGUUAUAAACAAAGAGAGAAGGGGGGAUUAUCUGGGAAAAACUGUCCAGGUUGUACCUCACAUCACAGAUGCUAUUCAAGACUGGAUUGAACGUGUAGCACAUAUAUCAGUUGAUGGAAAGUCAGGCCCUGCUGAUGUUUGUGUCAUAGAGUUGGGUGGAACGAUAGGUGAUAUUGAAUCCAUGCCGUUUAUUGAGGCAUUAAGACAGUUCUCGUACCGUGUAGGAGCUGAUAAUUUUUGUUUAGUUCAUGUUAGCCUUGUGCCUGUUCUGAAUGUUGUUGGUGAACAGAAAACAAAACCAACCCAGCACAGUGUUCGUGGACUAAGACGUCUGGGUUUGACACCACAUGUGUUGGCUUGUCGCAGCACAAUGCCCCUAGAAGAAACUGUAAGGACCAAACUCAGUCAAUUUUGCCAUGUCCAGAAAGAGAACAUCAUCACUCUUUAUGAUGUUCCCAACAUUUGGCACAUUCCAUUACUCUUAAUGGACCAGAAGGCUCAUGAAGCAAUCUUGAAAGUGUUGAAUCUUCAGGGAUUAACGAGGGAACCUGAAUUAGAAGAGUGGACUACAAUGGCUGACGGUUGUGAUAUGCUGCAUGAGCCGGUGCGCAUUGCCAUAGUGGGGAAGUAUACAAGCCUUUCUGAUGCAUACCUAUCUAUACAAAAGGCUCUUGUGCAUGCUUCUGUUUCUCGUGGCAAGAAACUUCUUGUGGAUUGGGUUCCAUCUGGUGAUCUUGAGCUCACAACUGAAAAAGAGAAUCCUGAUGCCUAUAAAGCUGCAUGGAAGUUGUUGAAGGGCGCAGAUGGUGUCCUUAUUCCAGGAGGAUUUGGUGAUAGAGGUGUGCAAGGGAAAAUUCUCGCAGUGAAGUAUGCCAGGGAAAAGAAAAUUCCAUUUCUUGGGAUUUGUUUGGGAAUGCAGGUCGCUGUGAUUGAAUUCGCAAGAUCUGUUCUUGGUCUGCAGGAUGCUAAUAGCACAGAAUUUGAUCCUGAAACCAAGAAUCCAUGUGUUAUAUUUAUGCCUGAGGGCUCGAAAACACAUAUGGGAGGUACCAUGCGCCUUGGAUCCAGGAGAACAUAUUUCCACUCCACAGACUACAAAUCAGCUAAACUAUAUGGAAACAAACUCUAUGUUGAUGAGAGACAUCGACACAGAUAUGAGGUAAACCCUGACAUGGUAGCACGUCUUGAAACUUCCGGCCUCUCUUUCACUGGCAAAGAUGAAACUGGCCAGCGCAUGGAGAUUGUUGAGCUACGUAAUCAUCCCUAUUUCAUCGGUGUCCAGUUUCACCCUGAGUAUAAAUCAAGACCAACAAAACCUUCUGUUUUAUUCCAAGGGCUCAUAGCAGCAGCAUGCGGACAGUUGGACGCUCUCUUACCAAGCUCUGAGAGGAAAAGGAGUUCUUCAUAUGGAACAGGCAGCGAAAUGUUUGGUAAAGCAUAUGGGCAGUUGGAUGCUUUCCUCCAGGCCUCUCCAGAGGCAAAAAGGAAUGUCCCUAAUGGUGCAGGGCACGAUGUGUACACAGCACAAACAUGCCAAAAUGGAGGUGCCAAGCUCACUAAUAGGCCUCACGACGGUGUAUAUGGCAUUUUCAACGGGAUGCACUCGUGAUAAGGCAUGUUUGUUGUGGUUGCUUCGGUUUCGUAGAGAGUGUUUCUUUGUUAGUGUGGCUUAGGGGUUUUUACUUGCAGGGAAGGGGCCUCUCUUAGGUUAUAUGUAGCCAUGUAGAUGUGUUUGUACAGUUAUUGGGGUAUGGUUGGAUGUAUUAGCUUUUCCAAAGACUCAAACGUAGAAAUGGAGCUGAGUCCUGGUUUUUUUACAAAGGACACAGCUUUUUGAGUUCUCGAUUUUGUAUCUGGACAAUCCUUUCCCUGCUUCCUAUCGUUUUAUUCUGGUAUUUAGAUGCAGUAAUAAAUUACUUGUGCCCAUGGACUAUC